AUGAUGAAUAACAAAGAUGAAAUCUUGUAUAUCGGAUUCAAUUAGGAUCAAGGAUGCUUUGCUUGUGGAACCUAGAAAGGAUUUAAGAUCUACAAUACUCAUCCAUUUAAGGACACUUUCAAGAGAGAGUUUGAUGGAGGUAUCGGAAUAGUGGAGAUGCUUUUCAGGUGCAAUAUAUUGGCUCUUGUCGGAGGAGGCUCUCACCCUAAAUUCCCAAUGAACAAAGUAUUGCUAUGGGAUGACCACCAAUAUAAAUGCAUUGGAGAGUUGAGCUUCAAAUCCUUUGUUAAGGCCGUCAAACUUAGAAAAGAUAAAGUUGUUGUUGUGCUUGAAAAUCGUAUUUACGUCUAUAACUUUGCAGACUUAAGACUCAUAGAUGCAAUCGAUACUUGCUUUAAUCCAAAAGGUAUUUGUGCACUAUCAGCAGAUCAGAAUCUAUCAGUGCUAGCUACUCCAGAUAAAUAAAAAGGUCAUGUUAAAGUCACUGUUUAUGAACGCAACAAUUCCUUUGUCAUAGUGGCUCAUCAAAGCUCUCUCAGUUGCAUGGCUCUUAACUUUGCAGGCACUCUUCUCGCCACAGCAAGUGAUAAGGGUACUCUAAUCAGAAUAUUUUCAACUGAGGAUGGAUCUCCAUUGUAGGAGGUGAGACGUGGAAGUGACAAGGCUGAGAUUUACUCCAUUGCUUUUGAUAAGAAUUCGCACUGGAUCGCCUGCUCUUCAGACAAGGGAACUAUUCACAUCUUCCACGUGACCAAAACUAUGAAUAGAAUUGUCCUCUCUGAUGAAAAUAAAGAUGAUCAAGCUGCCCAGCAAGAUGAAAUAUACAAAACAUCUCAAUAAAAUGAAGCAGAAGUCAGCAAUGAUGGCAAAAAGGCUAAAAAUUCUAAGCAUGCAUUGUCAUUUAUGAAGAAGAUUCUGCCUAAGUACUUCGACAGUGAGUGGAGUUAUGCUCAGUUCAGAGUUCAAGAUGGAAAAGCACUGUGCGCUUUUAGUGAUGAUGGAUAAACAUUGAUAGCUGUCACUACAGAUGGGUCAUACUACUUAGCUGAUAUACCAAAGAAGAAGGGAGAUUGCAUUCAAAGAGAAAAGAAAAUACUAUAGUGA